AUGCAGUCGGGAAUCUCAGUUUCAUCGGAGCUCCAGGAUGCUUUCACCCGCUUUAGCUCCGACUCCUCCCUCUUCUGUCUCCCAGUAACUAUCGUAUCGGAGAGUCUAACGGCCCAGGAGCCAAUUCCUUUCUCUGGAUCUUCCACUAGCCCAGAAGACUUCUUCACCUCGCUCCCGCAGCUUUCCUCAGUCCUACAGCCCAAGACACCGAUCUACCUUCUGCUCCGCCGCCCGAUCAAUGCAUCAUCUACCCUUGUUGCGCUGACUUAUAUCCCCUCCAAUGCACCCGUUCGUCCGAAGAUGCUCUUCGCAUCGACCCGCUCGUCGCUGGUUCGUGAGCUGGGAACGGAGAAGUUCGCUACGACUGUGUUCGCCACAGAGGAAGACGAGAUCCUUGGCCGGGAUGCGUGGCGUGAGCGAGAUGGCGAGCUUGCAGGUGGUGUUCGCCGGGAGGAUUUGAUGGGUGAGAAAGAACGCGAGCUGGAGGCUGUUAGGAGAGCGGAGGCGGAAGCCCGUAGCGGUACACCACAGAGAGAUAUCGGCAUUGGUGGUACCUUUGGGCCUGGUUCUGGGUCUGGCAUGAAGAUAUCUAUGCCCGUUGAUGAGGCAGCAAAGACUGCGUUGAAGGAGCUCCAAGAUGGUGGUCUGGUACAACUGGUAUGCGAUUUCCAUUUACUCCCCUGUCUUACUGUUGAUGUAUCUUCUCUAUGUGGGGAAGCUACGGGAAUGGGUGUCAAAAUGGAGACGUUUGGUAUUGCAGUGCUAAUAUGA